UGCAGGGAAAGCUAUUUCAGGUGUUUGAAAAAUGCUAAAUUCUCCAACUUCAGGAUAUCAUCCUCACAUACUUUGUGCUCCCUCAGAUUUUGGGGGUGCAUGACCCACCCAUCACACACAUACACACACACACGCCACCUCCCCAGUGGUCCUCCGCCCCUAGUGGUCGCUUUAUGUAGAUUUUUUUUGCAAUAGUGAGAAGGGGAGUGACUUUUCUUAUGGUUUUUGCUGGUCGACGAGUUGAGCUGGAGUUUCACUGUUGACUAGCCUAGUCUCAUCACCUCAACCUAUAGAACCUCAAGCUAAGAUAUUCUCGUCGGAGAGAACUGUGGCUCAUAUUGGACACAGCUAUGAUAUCGGGGGAAAAAUAAACUUCCCAGGGACGCUUUGAGCAUUUCCAGGGAUGGACAAACAAAAAGUGCUGAACCGUCUGAUCACAGAUCUGCACUCCUUCCUGGUGGUGCUGGACAGUGAGAACCUCAGCUACAUCGCUCAGGCCCAAAAGAAGUCUAUCUCAGAGCUGCUAUCCAAGCUGCAAGACACCCCUGUUGAGGAUGCUGAGUAUAUGAUCAUGAGCUGUCCAUCAGGGUCCCCAAGCAAUGAUCUCAGGGAAACCCAGCUGUCAGGCACAGUUGGUCUGUUCCAGUCAGGACCAGACCCGGACUCAGCCGAGGAGACCUUGUCCUCUGCCUCUACCGAAUGGCUACGGAAAGGGAGCCAGGAGCCAGCGGUACCCCCCCAACCUCCAGAAGGUUUAGAUGAGGACUGCUACGAGGAGGCUGAGCCUUUUGUUCCAGACAAUCCCUCCACAGACAAAGGUGACUCAGACAGCAGUCACUACGAGUCAUACGGUGAGGAAGAUGAGGAGUUUGUGAAGGACCGGGCCCACUACAUCCAGUGGAGUGCCUCCCAGACCUGUCUGCGGCCUACUUCUGAGUCACGCAUCUGUGGCUACCUGUGGAGGAAGAAAUGGCUGGGCCAAUGGACCAAACAACUCUUUCUCAUCCGCAACAAUCUGCUGUUGUGCUACAAAUGUGCCAAGGACCUCUACCCGCUGCUGGAGCUCGACCUGCGGGGCUGCCAGGUGGUUUACAAGUCCAAGCACAACAAGAAGAUGCAGCACGAGCUCAAAGUUGUGACUGGUUCCGACACAGUGGUGAUGGGCUUCCAGAGCUGCCACCAGGCGGAGGAAUGGAGGAAGAUCAUUGAGGAGGUGAAGGGCUCCUCCUACUAUGAGUCCCAAAGGUUCUCCUUGUUACUCAAAUGUGACAGACUGGACUCUUGCAGGUCAAGCACAGUCAUUCAGACUUCAGACUCGGAUGAAGAGAAAAUGUUGGCGCUGCCCUCUGCUCCCAGCAGUGUGGAAAUAAAGGAUAAAGGGUUCCUGAAUGUGCUGAUGAACUGCCAGUGGCAGAGCCUGUUGUGCCAGGUACAGGGCGGGGUGCUGAAAAUGUUCCGAGACGAGGGCUGUGAAGAGUGCCCUCAGUACACGGUGCAGCUGAAAGGCUGCCAGGUUCGACCUGGCCCCGACACACCUCAGGCCUACCGCAUCACUGUGGUUCAACACGGAGACCAGGUGGCAGUACUGGAGGCCAGCUGUGCAGAUGAGAAAGAGCAGUGGUUGCAGCUCCUACAGGACGGGAGUGUAAGCCAGGAUCAGGCUGACUCUCUAUAUGACUCAAAGCCUGCUGGAGCCCUCAGUGGUUUGAAGGAGCAAAGGUUCCCAACCUCAAACAUGUACAUAGAUGACCCCUUUCACCAGCACAGUGGAAGCGGCCGCUCACAACCCAUCUACUCCAACACGGCCAUACUGGAGCACAUGUUCCAGAAUUCCCAUAACGUCGCCAGGGGAGACUCAGUGUCAUCGAAGGAUUCAGUCAACUACAGCAACACUGAUAUCUUUAACAAUCACAGUAGGAAAUCGUGUGAGGUGGAGCGGGGGGUUCAGAAACUGGACUUGACUGGGAAGAGAAGGGUACAGCUGAGAGCUGGGUCAGAGAUGAACCUCAUCACUGCAGGGAAGACCGCCAAAUGUACCUCCUUCAGACAGUCUCUGGCCUUCUGUACAGAACGGGCACAGGGUGGGUUUUUUACCCCACUACUGCGAAGGACUGCCUCCGCUAAAAACUCACUGAAAAGAGCCCCUUCUGCCCUAUUUAUUGAGCAUGGCAAGGUGUUUCAGAGAAAGAAGGAGUGGGAGACAAUGCCUUCUACUUAGUACUCUACUAGCUGUUUCGGUAACAAUUAUCUUGUAUACAUUUCCUAUUUUCUACCAAACAUUUUUGUCAUUAGAAAUGUCAUCCAUCUUGAUGAUAAUACAAUACACUAUACUUGCUUCCCCAAUGGCACCCCUUUCUCUAUUUAGCCCAUAAGGGUCUGGUGAAAAGUAGUGCACUAUAUAGGGAAUAGGGUGCCAUUUGCAACAGGCCCUUAGAUAAACAGGCUUGUUUCUCCAUUAAAACAGCUGCAUUAAUAAGAGAUUCCUGUGAAGGUAAUUCAAUUGAAAACCGUGUAAAGCCUGACUCAGGAACUCAGGAAUGUCUCCCAGUUUGAGGUGUAACACUUUCAUUGUUUUUCUGUCUUUCAUUUCUUAAAGAACAGUUUGUAUGGUCUAAUUUGUCUAUGUAUGUAUUGCAAUUCAUCAGACUUAACUUUGCACUGUUUUCAUCACUAAUUGAGUUACAAUAAAUACACAAUGUUGAAGUCAUGAAAAAUACAUUAUAUAUGGAUAUGAAUUGAAGUCAUGUUCACCGUAUACAGUUCUGUGGUAUAAUUUAAACAUAGUUGCAGAUAUCUUUUUAUAAAGUGUUUUUACCAUGAUAUUUGUACUUAGUAUCACUGAGAUGUUUUACAUUCCUGAAAUAUGUUGUGAUACAGUGACAUUUAUUGUAAUGUUCCCAUGUUUUUAUUAAUAAAGACUUUGUGUAUUAAAUGUUAGGUUGGCCUACUAUUUGCUGUAAACUGACAACUGUGGUAAUAAAACAGUAAUUAAAACA